AUGGAGCUGCCUCCCCGAGGGCGGGCGCCGCCGGACUCGCCGCUGGACAGCUGCUCCCUGACCUCGCUGGACUCCAGCGUUUUCUGCAGCGAGGGUGAAGGGGAGCCCCUGGCGCUCGGGGACUGCUUCACGGUCAACGUGGGCGGCAGCCGCUUCGUGCUCUCGCAGCAGGCGCUGUCCUGCUUCCCGCACACGCGCCUUGGCAAGCUGGCGGUGGUGGUGGCCUCAUGCCGCCGCCCCGGGGCCCUGACCGCCGUGCCCAGCCCCCUGGAGUUCUGCGAUGAUGCCAACCCCGUGGACAACGAGUACUUCUUCGACCGCAGCUCGCAAGCAUUCCGCUACGUCUUGCACUACUACCGCACCGGCCGCCUGCACGUCAUGGAGCAGCUGUGCGCGCUCUCCUUCCUUCAGGAGAUCCAGUACUGGGGCAUCGACGAGCUGAGCAUCGACUCCUGCUGCAGGGACAGAUACUUCAGAAGAAAGGAGCUGAGUGAAACGUUAGACUUUAAGAAGGACACAGAAGACCAGGAAAGUCAACAUGAGAGUGAACAGGACUUCUCCCAAGGACCUUGUCCCACUGUCCGACAGAAGCUCUGGAACAUCCUGGAGAAACCUGGAUCUUCCACAGCUGCUCGAAUCUUUGGGGUCAUCUCCAUCAUCUUUGUGGUGGUGUCCAUCGUCAACAUGGCCCUGAUGUCAGCUGAAUUAAGCUGGCUGGACCUGCAGCUGCUGGAAAUCCUGGAGUACGUGUGUAUUAGCUGGUUCACCGGGGAGUUUGUCCUGCGCUUCCUGUGCGUGCGGGACAGGUGCCGCUUCCUGAGAAAGGUGCCGAACAUCAUAGACCUCCUAGCCAUCUUGCCCUUCUACAUCACUCUUCUGGUAGAGAGCCUGAGUGGGAGCCAGACGACACAGGAGCUGGAAAAUGUGGGGCGCAUUGUGCAGGUGUUGAGGCUGCUCAGGGCUCUACGCAUGCUAAAGCUGGGCAGACAUUCCACAGGAUUACGCUCCCUCGGGAUGACAAUCACCCAGUGUUACGAAGAAGUCGGCCUACUGCUCCUAUUUCUGUCCGUGGGAAUUUCUAUAUUUUCAACUGUGGAAUAUUUUGCUGAGCAAAGCAUUCCUGACACAACCUUCACAAGUGUCCCUUGUGCAUGGUGGUGGGCCACAACAUCCAUGACCACUGUGGGCUACGGGGACAUUAGACCAGACACCACCACGGGCAAAAUUGUGGCCUUCAUGUGUAUAUUAUCAGGAAUCCUUGUCUUGGCCUUGCCUAUCGCCAUUAUUAACGACCGCUUCUCCGCUUGCUACUUCACCUUAAAGCUGAAGGAAGCAGCCGUCAGACAGCGGGAAGCUCUGAAGAAACUCACCAAGAAUAUAGCCACUGAUUCCUAUAUCAGCGUUAACUUGAGGGAUGUCUAUGCCCGGAGCAUCAUGGAGAUGCUUCGGUUAAAAGGCAGAGAAAGGGCAAGUACUAGGAGCAGUGGGGGCGAUGAUUUCUGGUUUUGA